AUGUCCUGGAAUGGAGCGGCGACGGGUGUCGCGUCGUUCCAACAACCACCGUACAGCAACGGCUAUCCUGGCCAGGCACCUUUUCCCAAUCAACCAACUCCUCAAUAUGGGCAACAGCCCGGAUAUAGUCAAUAUCAAAGUGGCUUUUCACAUCCCCAACCCGGCGCACCUCCACCGCCUCCGAAGAGCUUUCCGCCGAAGAAGAAGGGGAACCCAGUUAUUACCCGAUAUCCUCCCCCGCCAGGUUAUCGGGGCCCCGCACAACCACAGGGUCCAUUCGGAACAGUCCAAUAUCCAACACCACAGCAAGGUUAUUCGCAUGGUCCUACUGCCCCAGCUCCCUAUCCCACACCGCCAUACCAAGGCCCUUCUCCGACGCAAGGAUAUUCGCCACAGGGCUACGGCCCACCACAGAGCCAUCCCUCUCAGCAAGGCUUUCCCCAGUCAGGGUAUCAGCCAACGCAGAACUACCAUUGGCCGCAACAACAGCCGCAGAGCUAUCCUCAGCCACCUGUAUCACAAUCACUACCUUAUCCCGCCUCGCAACAUUAUUCACAGCAGCAACCUGGGUACCAGCAGUAUCCGAACCAACCGCCUCCCAUCAAUACAAACCAGCCGGCCUGGCCUAAUACACAGGGCUGGCCACAAACUCCUGGCUCAGCAACAUAUCCGCCCCCGAAUCAAUAUAAUUCAUAUGGUGUAUCUCCUGCCAACAGCCAGCCGACAACAGAUCCGAACGCCACUCCUACUCCAUCAUCGGCGAAUCCGGCAUUUGCGCAGUCUACCCCCACGAAUACCCAACCUCCGAGUGCUACGAGUGAAGUCGCUCCAGAAAAAAAUCCGCCGUUGUUUCUUGGGUGGGACGACUGGGAUUUUGAUUUUGAUGGUGCUAUCUGGCCAAAGGCGAACGAGCCAGUCGAUCCUGACCUGAGCCUUGGAGUCAUUACAUGGCGGCCUGCCAAACAAGUGACGCGAGCGCUCCCAGCGACAUUCGCAGAGGCUGAAGAGCAGUCGCUCAAGCCGCCCGCAGAGAGACUCGGCAACGGAGAGUCUGUGUCAUUGUACUUCGCAGCUGAGAAUUCGUACGAAGCUUUCCUGGAUGUGCGAAAAACAGACGAAUGGUACAACAUCAAAGAUGAUCCUGCUUUCGUGGUAUUCACCGAGGAAGAGAUGGAGCGAAAUCUUGUUUCCAUCGAAUCUUGUCUUUCUCUACGCGAUCGACCCGACGAGAAUGAAGCCGAGGUCGCUGAUAAAGGCAAUGAACAUGUACACGAUCCUGCAUGGAAUGUUAUGGACAAUCUCGAACAGGCCCUAUCAGGCGAUAUGGAAGACGUCAAGAAACCAACCCCAAUACGUCCGGCCUUGAACACCUCGAGGGACCAAAUACAGGAAGACAUUCUCGCCCGUCUCGGUGUUACCGGCUCCCCUAAGCCACCAUCUGGCGAAGCACCACCGUUAUUGCGCGACGAUCAUGUAUUAGCUUCGCUUCCACCAAAGCCCCCAGCACCACCUUCUACGAGUAUUCCUCCACGUCCCGAGGUUGGUCCACACAGAGCUCAGUCUUACGGUGGUCAUCGCAACUCAACUUAUGGUACUGCAAUCCCACGUCCAUACGGAUCCAUGUCUUCUGCAACUUCACUUCAAUCGCUGCCUGUACAGAAUGAUGGGCGUACAAAUAUACGGCCAUCGAACUUACCAAUGCAACCGCAUGGGAACGGUGUUUCGCCCUCGGCGUCCGCAAUGAGUCCAGCGCAUUCGGAAGGUAGCAACAAGACUGCCGUUGGGCCCGGCUUUGGGACAGAAGAAGCGGCCCAUCCGCAAUUGAAUCGAAGUGACAGUAGCUCCGCGCGAAAGAGGAGUUACGAGGACACUGAUCAAGAUGGUCACACGCGGCAGCAAGACGACCACACGAAGCGCAAACGACGAUCACAGGUUGAUGCAGCUUACAGGUAG